AUGUCCGCCCGCCGUCCCCACAACCAGUCUUAUGCUGAUGUUGCGGCAAAGCCUCCGCCGCAAGCCAGCUCCGACGUCACCCCAGCUGUUCCUGCUGAUGUGAUCUAUAAGCUUCUGGGCUUUACCGCAGCCAUGGUCGCCGGCCCCAUUGGCAUGUAUUUCUUGACCGUGAACACAAUCUUCAGCGGAAGCUCAACACUCGCCGGAGUUACUGCCGCCAUCACCGCCAACGUGGUCUUGUUCGCAUACAUCUAUGUUGCCUGGAUGGAGGACCAAGAGGACAAGAAAGCAGCCGCCAAGCCAGAUUCAAAGAAAGCCCAGUAA